AUGGCCGCGGCGCGGACGUCCCCGGCAAUGCUCCCCCCCGCAGAUAUGGUGGUAGGCGCCGGCGCGAGCAUCCACCUCGUGUAUGACCACGUGCGACACUCCGUGCUCUACUUGGGCUGGGCCGCUGUCUACCUGUUUCUUAUCUUUGUCGCGCAGCCAUGCUCGUACUUCGUCGUCGCCGCCGCAGACUCGGCGUGGCGCAGGCUCCCGUGUAAUGGAUUUCGCGAUUGGGGCGUCCGCGUCGUAAAGGGCGGCUUAAGGUUGAUUUCGCCAGACCUUGCGCAGCGCUGCUUCUCUUACAAACCUUUCGGCGAGUACUUGGGAGAGGAUGCCGGCCUUGCAGGGAAGAAGAAGCUCCCGUUGCAUUCCGUUAGUUUGCAGGGCUGCGCUUGGAUGCUACCGUACCAUAUCGGCGUUUGCGAAGUGCUCAAGAGGGAGCGCAUCGUCGACGAGAAGACGGUAUGGCUGGGCUCCUCAGGCGGCGCGCUGAUCGCCGCCGCCGCCGCGCUAGACCUCGACCUGGACUACCAGCUCAAGGCUUGUAUUAGCAUGGGCAUGCAGAGCGUUGAGCAGCAUCUGCUAGGUCCAAUCGGUAAGAUGAGUCAAUACAUUGGCCCGCACAUCAUGCGUUCCCUCCCGGAGGACGCGCACGAGAUCGUCCGUGGAAAGCUCUUCAUCUCCGUGACGGAGACGCCCCAGGACAGCAAGGUGUGGGGGAAUCGCCUGGUCGCAAACUUUAAAAGCAGGCAGCACUUAUUCAAUAUGCUCAUGGCCUCCACCUACAUUCCGGUGUAUUAUGAGGUGCCGGUCAGACCGGGGCGAGGCGGCUUCUACUGGGACGGCGGAUUUUCAAAUAAUCAGCCAGUCCUCAGGGCUCCGGAUACGGGCAGAUGUAUCACCACUACGGUUAGUCCAGUCGCGAGGAUGGCCGAUAUCAGCCCGAUGAGGCAGGAGACGUGCAACAUUGAGCAUCUCAUUCCCAACGAUUUUGAUGCGGCUAUGGAGAUCUAUCGCAACGGGCGCGCCGAUGCGGAGAAAUAUGUCGCCGAUUUGAGGGCCAACGCCAAAGUGUGGGACUGCGGCGAGCGACCUUUCUUUUUCUUGCAACUGCCAAGCGUACCUUUGUGCGCCCACAAAUUUUUGAAUUGA